AUGGAGGAUAGUGCUUUGGUGAGUGAACUCAUUGACAAGCAAAGCUGCUCAUGGAAGACUGGCUUAGUUCAUGAGAUGUUUGAGACUGAGGAGGCCAAAUUGAUUUGCAGAAUUCCCCUUAGUAUCACCAAUGCUUCUAACAAAUUAGUGUGGAGGGGCUCAAAGGAUGGCCUUUUCUCAGUCAAGAGUGCCUUUCACCUCCUGAAUGAAGUAGAUGGUAGGGAACUGGGACAAACAUCCAGAAGCAUGCAGGAAGAGUCCUAUCACCUGCUGUGGAGGGCCAUCCUCGAGUCUCUUCCAACAAAGAGGAAUCUAUUCAAAAGGAAAAUUAUAGAUUCACCUUUAUGCCCUGUGUGCCUGAGUAAGGAAGAACCUGUUGUGUCACUUGUAUUUGAGGCCAUGGAUGAGGAAACUAUAAAUGAGUUUGCUGCUAUUGCUUGUCAAGUCUGGAAAAGGAGGAACCACCUAAUCUUUGAGGAUAGUUUUGCUACCCCAGAAUCAGUGAUCAAGGUGGCAAGGAUUGGUAUAGGGGUAGUAAUUAGAGACUCACGAGGAAGGGUCAUUGCAAGUCUAAAAUCUCCUAAAGACUCCUUUCCUGAUGCUCACUUGGCUGAAUCCAUGGCAGCACUCAAAGCAGUCACUUUCUGUAAGAGACUUGGAUUGGAAAGAGUUAUACUGGAAGGGGAUGCACAACAGGUGGUGAAAGCAAUUCAAGACUGUAGUGAAAUUGGGAAUAGCGCAGGGAUAAUAAUUAGAGACAUCAAGCAGCUACUGACUAUGCAGCACAGCUGGUCCUUUAACUUUACCCCUAGAACUUGUAAUCUUGCAGCUCAUAAUCUAGCUAAGGCUGCUUUAAAACUCUCUGAGGAGAGCAUUUGUAUGGAGAAUUCAUCUUCAUGUAUUCAUCCUUCAUGCAUUGAAUUGCUUCAAAUGAGAUAUGAAGUUACAAAUUAA